UUGAGUAGCAGCAAAGUCUUGGUCUUCCGCCCCACCUCACCGGCUCCAGGGCCUGCCGGAUCCGCACCUCGCCGCCGGCCGCUGCCUCCCCGACCACGAGUGGGAGCGGAGCAAUGGGCGGAGGGCUAGCAUCGUUUUGGGAAGAACGGAACAUCCAGGCUCUGGUGAUCCUCAGCUUCGCCCUGCAAGCCAUCCUCCUCUGCUGUGCAGGGAUCCGGCGUAGCCGUGAAGCCUCAGGUGUGCUGAGAAUCCUCCUCUGGCUGGCCUACCUGAUGGCCGACUACACCGCAAUCUACGCCCUUGGCCACAUGUCCAUCACCAUGAGCAGAAGCAGGUCUCCUCCACGUCCAGGCGACCACCAGAUGCGGAUGGUGCCGUUCUGGGCUCCCUUCCUGUUGCUCCACCUUGGUGGGCCGGACACCAUCACCGCCUACGCCUACCAGGACAACCAGCUCUGGCUGCGCCACCUGCUCGUGCUCGCGGGGCAGGUGCUCGGCGCCGCCUAUGUCAUGUACCUGUUCGUCGCGGCCGGCACGAACCCAGCUGGGACGCUGCUCGCCGCCGCCGCGUUGAUGUUCGCCACCGGCUGCCUCAAGUACGGCGAGAGGACGUGGGCGCUCAAGUGUGGCGGCAUCGACAGCAUUGCGAGCUCUCUCGAUAACGACGGCAAGCCGUCGGCCACCGAUGGCCCUUACCAUGGGAAGGAGGGGGAAAAGAGGCUGGACACGGAGGAGGUCCUGUUGGGAGCCCACUACAUGCUCAAUUUUUGCAGGGGCCUCCUGGCUGAUCGGCCGAUGAUGCACUACUCCCAGUACGAAGUCAUGCGGCAAGGCAUCCAGCUCAACGGCGGCAACUACGUGUUCCAGCUGGCCGCGAUGGAGCUCUCCCUCCUGUACGACAUACUCUACACCAAGGCGGCGGUGCUCCACACCUGGCAUGGCUUGUGCAUCCGGACCGUCGCGCCGCUCUCCGUGGUCGCCGCGUUCGUGCUGUUUCAGCUCAGCAGCAAGGACGCCUACAGCAGAGGUGACGUCGCCGUCACCUACGUCCUGUUCGUGGGAGCCAUGGCAUUGGAGCUCGCGUCGUCUCUCAGGGCGGCAGGGUCUUCCUGGGCGUGCGCGUCCUACCAUGCCCGGGGAUGGCACCGGCUCUGCGGCGCGGUGAUGCGCCUCCGCCGGAUGCUCAAGGCUGGAGCAAGGAGGAGUGCCACCAUGGACUCGCUUGGGCAGUACAACCUGCUGGACCUCUGCACCGACGCCAACAAGGACGGCCACCUGAGAGGCAAGAUCGCCAAGAUGAUUGGACUGAAGGACCGAUGGCAGAAGAUGCACUACUCGAGCACCGCCCCCAUCUCCGACGCCAUCAAGACUGUGGUGCUGAGGGAGAUCCGGAAGAGGAAAAUAGAUGAUCUGAUGAAUGCACGGGGCAGGUGGAUCCUCAAGGAGAAAGGGAUGUACGAGGAUCUCACGCGGAUCGCCGACGACACCGAGCUGGACCGUACCAUCAUCGUGUGGCACAUCGCCACCGAUCUCUACCUCUCCCUGUGCCCUGGCCCUGACCCUGACCCUGGCAAGGAGAUCCGGGACAGCAUAAGGGUGCUCUCCAACCACAUGCUGUUCCUCAUGGUGGUGCAUCCCUACCUGUUGCCCGGAGUCGUUCGCACCGGCCGGUACAAGGAGAACUUGAAGUACUAUAAUAUGGUGUGGUGGGUUAAUUUGAAGUCCACCAAGGAAGGCACCAUGAAGCUGUCCAGACCGGAGAUCGUCAACAAGAUAGCCAACUGGCAGCUCCCGGCUGAUUCGAGGGGCAAGUACGUUUACGGCAUCGGCGAGGAAGCUGCCGACGACGUGGGCGACAGGCCGGUCUAUGCCGACGGAUCCUGGCUCGCCGGGAUGCUGCUGGGCAACAGGUGGUGCUUUCCCGACGCUGACAUGCUGGAGGUGAUCGCCGGCGUGUGGGUGGAGAUGCUGUGCUACGCGAGCCACCACUGCGGCGAGGAGUCUCACGCCAAGAAGCUAAGCACCGGAGCAGAGUUCGUGAAUGCCGUCUGGCUUAUCAUAGGGCAUGCCAUGGACUACGACAGAAAAGCACCAUCUGCUGAGGGCUUCACAGGGGGUUUAGGGCUCAGCAACCCUCCGCACAAGCGGAAGCUCCCUGCCAGAUGGAUGCAGCAGCCGGAGGCGGACGUAGGACCCUUUUUUGACGUGGAAGCACACCAAACGCCCAGCACAUCAAGUGCACAAAGACAUCACCAAUAAAAUUAACCAAUACUCCCUUCGUCCGGAAAUACUUGUCAUCAAAAUAAAUAAAAGGGGAUGUAUCUAGAUGUAUUUUAGUUCUAAAUACAUCCCUUUUUUAUUCAUUUUGAUGACAACUAUUUUUAGACGGAGGGAGUACAUUUUAUGUGAUUCAACAGCUGGGCUCUACUGCAUGAUGGUUCUUCUCAGUGAAUCAUCACGCAAGAUCUUCUUCAGUGUCCGUGCAGUUUAUUAUUGUGUUAUUUGGCUACUAGUAGAACUCUAUUUAAAUUCUGAA